GACAAAUACAUGGUUAUAAUAUAUAUAACAUAUUUGACAAAUGAUUUUUCGAUUAAAAUUAAAUAAAUAAAUCAAGAAACAUUAUAUUUAUCAAAACAUUAAUUAGGUGUACAUAUUUAUAAAAAAUUUAACCUAAGCAACAUAAGUUGCAAUGGCCUUUUAAACGAGUUGAUGACAAGUGAUCACUGUAUAAAUUAUAAUAGAUAUAAUUAUAAUUAAAUCGAUUAAUAAUGGACGAUAAUAUUGCGCCAAAUAUGAUAUUUCAUCCUAUAAUAUCUUCUAUACAAAAAAUUGCGCUUUACGAAACAAAAUCGCGAUUUUAUCUAAUGGGAUCAAAUAAUACAUUAACGCGAUUCCGUGUUUUAAAAAUUGAUCGAAUGGAACCAAGGGAACUUCUUGUCAUUGAUGAUAAAAGAGAGUAUACUCAAGAUGAAAUACAAGAUCUCGUUAACAUGAUAGAUAUGGGUAAUCGUACACGCAUAGGACAACGCAAUAAUGUUGGUGGUGUUGCACGAGUUGUUUCAGCUUUUGGUAUUGUUGGCAACAAUAAUAAAGAAUCCAGCACAAAUAUAUCAGAGGAGUCUGAGCAGCAUCGGUCACAAAAGCCGAUGCACAAACCAACAAAAACUAAAUUCACCUGGAAGAAUAUGUGGCAGAGAGAUACUUUUCCCAGGCUAGUGUCAGCUUUUGGUCUUCUUGGUUUUGUACGCUUUUUGGAAGGAUAUUAUAUUAUUCUCGUAACGAAACGUCGCAGAGUGGCAUUCAUUGGUCAUCACACAAUAUAUAAAAUAGAAGAUACUUCAAUGAUAUAUAUUCCGAAUGACACUGUUCGUCUAUUUCAUCCUGAUGAGCAAAGAUAUGUAAAGAUGUUCCAAGGUAUUGAUUUGAGCAGCAACUUCUACUUCAGUUAUUCCUAUGAUUUGACACAUACUUUACAAUAUAACAUGGCACCACCAAAGCAUAUCAAAUUGGACAUACCCAACAAUGCAAAUCAGAAAGAAGAUGAUAUAGAAGAAGCUGAAGAUUUUUUUAACAUGUGGUCAUUUCAUAAAAACUGGCAAAAUGAUAGUAAGAAGAAAAAAUAUAUUGAUUAUGCAGUACGUAGUAAUCCGCAUCGUCGGUUUGUAUGGAAUUCUCAUUUAUUAGCACCAGUAGAAAAAGAUCUCCAUAGAGAUUGGAUUUUAUAUGUAAUACAUGGUUUUAUUGGACAAUCCAAUGUUAGUAUUUUUGGAAGAUCUGUCUAUAUUGCUUUGAUAGCUAGACGAAGUAAUAAAUAUGCAGGCACUAGAUUUUUAAAGCGUGGUGCAAAUUUUGAUGGUGAUGUAGCAAAUGAAGUAGAAACAGAGCAAAUUGUUCAUGAUUCUGGUGUGAGUUCUUUAAAUAAUGGACGCUUUAGUUCUUUUGUACAAAUGCGUGGGUCAGUUCCUGGUCAUUGGAGUCAAGAUGUCAGUAAGAUGGUUCCAAAGCCUACAAUUGUUUGUGAUUUAGCUGAUCCAUAUGUAGAAACAGCUGGAGCACAUUUUAAUAAACUUCUGAAGAGGUACGGAUCGCCGAUUAUAAUAUUGAAUCUUGUUAAAAAGAGUGAAAAAAAAAAACAUGAAAGUACAUUAAGUGAGGAAUUAAAUAUGGCUGUGCAAUAUUUAAAUCAAUUUUUACCUCCAGAACAUCAUAUUCAGUACAUAAGUUUUGAUAUGGCAAGAAUGCUUAAGCGAAAAGAGGUGAAUGUAAUGGGUCGUUUAGCAAAUAUAGCUCAUAAUGCAGUUUUAAAAACAGGUGUUUUCCAAUCGCAUAAUCCAUAUUAUAGUCAAAGAAAUUUAUUCAUGCAACAACAUAGUAAUACUAAAAAAGUUCAUAAAACAAAUUCAAGUUCUGGAUUAUCAUUUAGUUCUAAUGAUGUAAGAAAUUCUUUUAAUGGUUCAUCAAAACCAGAAUGUAAUAAUUACUUAAGUACUCAUACUUUGGAGAUGCCAUCCAUCGAAUGUAAUAAAACAUAUGAUCUAGAAUAUAUUGAAGAUCAUAUAAAGGAUUGUUUUGCAAAGAAAGGAAUACCACAAACUGGAAUUAUUAGAACAAAUUGUGUGGAUUGUCUGGACAGGACUAAUACAGCUCAGUUUGCUAUAGGCAAAUGUGCUUUAGGUUUUCAGUUAUGUGCUUUAGGAGUAUUAGAAAGUCCUAAACUUGAGUUUGACUCUGAUUGUGUAAGAAUGUUGGAAGAAUUGUAUGAAGAUCAUGGUGAUACAUUAGCUUUACAGUAUGGUGGAUCUCAAUUAGUACAUAGAAUUAAAACCUAUAGAAAAACUGCACCAUGGACUAGUCAAGGAAAUGAUAUUAUGCAAACAUUGAGUAGGUAUUAUAGUAAUACCUUCAGUGAUCAAGAAAAACAGCAUACAAUUAAUUUAUUUCUAGGCCUUUUUAUACCUGAAGAAGGCAAACCUUCAAUAUGGGAAUUAUUAACAGAUUAUUAUCUUCAUCAUAAGCCUGCUUGUCAAUAUUUUCGUAAAGGAAGAUUACUCACUCAAUGGUGGAACAAAAAUAUAUUAAAAUGUCUACCAUAUGCAUUCAAUGAAGUAACAAAAACUUGUUCUGAAAUGAUACAAGUGCAAAGUACUUUAGAAGAAAUGAUUGAUGUUUAUUAUGAUUACCAUAGACCUUAUGAAUUAUCUUUACUUGCGGAUUUAUAUGCAUAUAAAAUAAGUCAUUCAGUUAGAGAUUUUAUGCCUCAUUUCACAACAAGCUUUAGUCCAUUUGCUGUACGAAUAAGACCAGGUAGAAGAAGAGAAGAAACUGGUAAUAAAAAUUUGAAUAUGAAAAAUCCAUCUAUGACUGGACAAAGUAGUACAAGCAGUACAACAUCUAGUGCAAGUUCGAGCGAAGAUUCAACUUCCGAUGAAGACGAAAGUCAUCCACAAAUGAAUGACUCACAAUUAUUUGCAUCUAAAGAUAAUUCAGAGUUAAUGACCUUUGAACUUUUAUUUCCAUCAAUGAAAGAGGUAUAUGGAAUGCAACCAGAAUAUCCAGCAAGAAAUGAUAUAAUCCUCUAUAAAAGAUUUGUUUUAAUAGGACGUAAUGCAACGUAUCCAAUAGAUCAAACAAAACUUCGUUCAAAAUUGAUGCAACAAGCAUCAUUCCCAGAAAACCCUCAACCACCGAUUGUUAAUUCUUUACCAGUCAUCAAAGAUGCAAGCAUAAACAUAUAUGAACAGUAUGUUAACAGAGCCAAGGUAGGUGGAUCUAUUCCAAACUCUAAUGACAUGAAUCUUUAUAAAAGUUACGUAAAUCAAGAGCAACUUUUAUUAAAGUUAGUAUGUACUAAUAAUUGUACCUAAGAUCUAAUAAUAGUUAUACUAAUUUUUGCGAAUUAAAUGAAGCAAUUAAAUUAAAGUUAAGUUAAUUUAUAAGUUAAUUAAUAACUUAUAAAUUAUUUAUAAAUUAUUCAUUCCUUUUACAUGCUGUAAAU